AUGCCUGAAAGUAGCUGGAUAGCUCCCAAUCCCCCACCAGUCACCCUCGAAAACCCACAAUUCCAACUGAAUUCUUACCUUGACACCUUGGAUCCAUCAUCUUUCGAGGAGGACACACCAGCAGCAGGAGGUGCAUCCAACAAGACGAAAAUCCUUCAAGACGAAAUUCUCAACGUGACCGAAUUCUUGUACGGCAACAAUACUCUGAUGGCUGCCUUGGCAUUGUUGGAUUCCUCGACUGCCGCCAUUCCCAGCAUUGUGAAAAUUUCCAGCCCUCGCACGUGUGGACUCACCCGUAGCGUGCAUGUUGUCCACAGCAGCAGUAAAGGGCGGGCUUUGGGCGAAGAUUCAUCGUCCUAUCUCUGCUUUACCCAAGCUAAUAAUGGAGUGGAUUAUUGUUCCUGUCGUUCCUUUCUCGAAAAGGUUAGCAAAUCCUCGAAGUCAACAAAAGAUGUGACCUUGUGCAAACACUUAUUGGCCCUGAAAUUGGCACCCUAUCUAAAGGUGGACUUUUUGGAAACUCACUUGGCAUCCCACCAAGAUUUUUCCAAGCUAAUCUUGGAACGUACCUUACCGGCUUCGGGGAUAGCACCCAGAGGUAGUAAUGGCAUUCCAUAUUCGGGGAUUUAA